CAACCAGUUAAUGAUAGAUCACAUCUGGGAGUUGGUAUCUUUUGAGAGAAAUUAUGUGCCUUGAAUUGCUGAAAAUACUGGAAUUUUUGUUUGUUUGUUUUGCUUUGUGAAAUGUAAAUUGCAUUUCUUCAUGAACUACUCUGUAAGGGAAUCAGACUUCAUUUUAUGCCUUUCAGUUCAUUUCUGUUAUGAAAUAUGUGUUCAGGAUACAUAGCUAGAAUUGUUAUGAGCUAAAAAAAUUUCAUUAAAUAUAAAUAAAUAAUCUAAUGACCUUUCAAAAUCAAAGCAAACCCCAAAUGUGGUUGAAAUACUAUCAGCUAUUGUAGUUGAGACUAGUUUUCCGUUGUAAAUAUGGUAUUUUCUCUGAAGAGAGGAUAGUAGAAUACAUAAGAAUGAGAAAUGAAAGUGCAUGCCUUUGCUACAUGUGUGCCUUUUGUGUCAUAUUCAUCAAAUUUUAUAUGUGAAAUAAAAUGAAAAUAGAAACGAAAAUAUAUGAACUUAAUAGAUAGGAACAUUUUCCUUUUCCACAUUAAUAAUUUAGUUUUUCUCUUUUUAUUCCUGACUGAGAUAAAAAUACAGAUGAAUUUGAUCAUGAUACAGUAUUGAGGAUAAAUGAUAUACCUUGUAAGCUGUAAAUAGUGGCAGAGCUCAUGACAUAGUGCACUGCCAUUUUAGUAGGUUUGUUGUCCUGGUGAUGAUGUCAUGCAAAUCUUUUACAAAUAACUUCAUAAUGGACUGAUGUCAGAAUGUCCUUAGAAUGUAUAUAUGAAAAUUUAUGCCUAUUUUUAAAGAGUUUAAGUCUUUCUUAGGUAUAUAUUUUAUUAUUAUUAUUAUUUUUAAGUCAUUUGUCUUCAAUUUAUUUUGCCUAUUUCCCUGGUAGAAAAAGUAAAAGCAAAGGGAUGUUACAUACUUACCUAAGAUUAUUAAUGAACUAGGGAUUUCAGACUAUUGAAAUGGAUACUGUUACCCUCUAUAGAGAUCUUAGGAAAUUCAAAGAUGCCAAGAAGCAAUUUGAAAAAGUCAGUGAAGAAAAAGAAAAUGCAUUAGUAAAAAAUGCUCAGGUGCAAAGAAACAAACAGCAUGAAGUUGAAGAAGCCACAAACAUUCUGACAGCAACAAGAAAAUGUUUUCGACACAUAGCCCUUGAUUAUGUACUUCAGAUUAAUGUCCUUCAAUCAAAAAGGAGAUCAGAAAUCCUAAAAUCAAUGUUAUCCUUUAUGUAUGCCCAUUUGGCCUUCUUUCAUCAAGGAUAUGAUCUAUUUAGUGAACUUGGGCCCUACAUGAAAGAUCUUGGUGCACAGUUGGAUCGACUGGUUGUAGAUGCAGCAAAGGAGAAAAGAGAGAUGGAGCAAAAACAUUCUACCAUUCAACAAAAGGAUUUCUCCAGUGAUGAUUCUAAGUUAGAAUAUAAUGUAGAUGCUGCAAAUGGCAUUGUUAUGGAAGGAUAUCUUUUCAAACGCGCCAGCAAUGCCUUCAAAACUUGGAACAGACGCUGGUUUUCAAUACAGAACAAUCAGUUGGUCUACCAGAAAAAGUUUAAGGAUAACCCCACUGUAGUAGUGGAAGAUCUAAGGCUCUGCACAGUGAAGCAUUGUGAAGACAUAGAACGGCGAUUCUGCUUUGAGGUAGUCUCUCCGACAAAAAGUUGUAUGCUUCAGGCAGAUUCUGAAAAGCUGCGCCAGGCAUGGAUUAAGGCUGUUCAGACCAGUAUUGCUACUGCCUAUAGAGAGAAGGGUGAUGAAUCAGAGAAGCUGGAUAAGAAAUCAUCUCCAUCCACAGGAAGCCUGGAUUCUGGAAAUGAGUCAAAAGAUAAGUUAUUGAAAGGAGAAAGUGCACUACAGCGAGUCCAGUGUAUCCCUGGCAAUGCCAGUUGCUGUGAUUGUGGUCUGGCAGACCCACGCUGGGCCAGCAUCAACUUGGGCAUCACCCUGUGUAUCGAGUGUUCUGGAAUUCACCGGAGUCUUGGUGUUCAUUUUUCAAAAGUACGAUCUUUAACAUUAGACACAUGGGAACCUGAACUUUUAAAGCUUAUGUGUGAACUGGGGAAUGAUGUCAUAAAUCGAGUUUAUGAAGCUAAAGUGGAAAAAAUGGGAAUAAAGAAACCACAACCAGGACAAAGACAGGAGAAAGAGGCAUAUAUCAGAGCAAAAUAUGUGGAAAGGAAAUUUGUGGAUAAGUACUCCAUAUCAUCAUCACCUCCUGAACAGGAAAAAAGGAUUGUCUCCAAAAGUUGUGAAGAAAAGAGGCUGAGCAUUUCUAAACUUGGGCCAGGUGACCAAGUCAGAGCAUCUCCCCAAUGUUCAGUCAAAAGUAACGACAGUGGAAUCCAGCAGAGCUCUGAUGAUGGAAGAGAAUCUUUACCUUCCACAGUGUCAGCUAAUAGUUUAUAUGAGCCUGAGGGAGAAAGGCAAGAUUCUUCUGUGUUUCUGGACUCUAAACAUCUUAAUCCAGGACUCCAGCUUUACAGGGCUUCAUAUGAAAAAAAUCUUCCUAAAAUGGCUGAGGCUUUGGCUCAUGGUGCAGAUGUGAACUGGGCUAAUGCAGAGGAAAACAAAGCAUCACCACUUAUUCAGGCUGUAUUAGGGGGCUCUUUGGUGACAUGCGAAUUUCUCCUGCAGAAUGGUGCUAAUGUGAACCAAAGAGAUGUACAAGGGCGGGGACCACUGCACCAUGCUACAGUCUUAGGGCACACAGGGCAGGUAUGUUUAUUCCUAAAACGAGGUGCCAAUCAACAUGCCACUGAUGAGGAAGGGAAAGACCCUUUGAGUAUAGCUGUGGAAGCAGCCAAUGCUGAUAUAGUGACCUUGUUACGUUUAGCAAGAAUGAAUGAAGAGAUGCGGGAAUCAGAAGGACUUUAUGGACAGCCAGGUGAUGAAACUUACCAGGACAUUUUUCGUGAUUUUUCCCAAAUGGCAUCCAAUAAUCCAGAGAAACUAAAUCGUUUCCAGCAAGAUACACAGAAAUAUUGAAUUUUUUUAAGAAGGGGAAAAUACUAAAUUUGUCGGCUCUCCCAACCCCAAUGUGUACAUCUGAAAACUCACAAAUUUUUACUGCUUUAAUCCUACUUAAAUUUAGUAGUUAUUGAGUGGUUUGGGGGAAAAAGUACCCAUUUAUUGGUGUUUUUGUAUAAAUUCAAACAUAGAUCUCUACUAGUUGGGAGAGGAACUUAUUUUAGGACCUCUUUUAUUAAAAAAAAAAAUCAAAAAACAAAAGCCUGUUUUAAAGAACUAUUUUUAUAAGGAAAAUAGACAGGUUUCAAGAUGCUAAGAGCCUAGACAAAGUCUCCUUUUUUUGCCAGUGGGUGGUAUCACUGAUUUUUUUCUAUGAAUCAUUCAGGAUUAUUCAGUCAAGCAUGUCCACAUCAAGUGGGAGCUGACUGUCCUGCCUGCCUGGAGAAUAUGUCUUUAGCUUCCUUCAUGAUUUUUGGUGGUUCAGAAAUAGUUUUUUUUUGUUUUUGGUAGCCUAGCUAUCUUACACACAGUAUGCAAUUUAAUUAUUAGAACUAUAGAGUGUGUUUCCCCCAUUUUCUCUAAAUGCAGUUGUAUUCUUUAGAUGUCUGGUUAUUGGCCAGUACUUUAACAUACAUAUGUGGCUGUACAGGUAGACAUAACCAUUUUAUGAGGCAAGAGAAGCCCUUAACAAUUUUUUUUUUAAUUACCAAAAGAAUCUCAGUUACAGAAGUUGUAGUUCUUUGUGGUUAGGUUGAUUACCUAAGACCAUGACAAACUUAAUGAUGUAAUAAAACUGUGUUUCAAAGGUUACUUGAAUGUUGCAAAAUUAGGCUUUCAUCAGAUUAUAACUUUCAAAGGAAAAGUUGUUAUAAAAUAAUGUAGAACAUUUUAUAUUUGAAAUUUGUUAUUUUCAAGAUACAUUUUCACUAUUGCGCCUAGUGAAAGAAAAAUCUCUGUAAAAGAAAAACCCUCAUUUUUCUUACACUAAAAUAUAGAGCAAUAAAUUGCUUUUUAAUUUUUCCAGCACCUGUCCUGUGUACUUGUACACAGUGUACAUUCUUUUAAAUUAUAGCAUCUGUAUAGCUUUAGUAUUUGGUUACAUGAAACACAGGACCUUUAAAUUCUAAAAUAUGAAUAUACAAAUUUACCAUGCAUAUGCUACAAGUUCAUCUGAUUCUAUCUUUGACAUGUCAGGAGUAUAAAAUAAGUAAUUUGCUUUAUGGUUUCCUUCUAAUAUUGUCAACAAUUAUGUUUGCUCUUCACGAGUUAUAUAUAAAUAGUAUUGAUAGUAAGUUUAUAAAUAGGAAAGGUUUCUAAACUUGCGUUAUCAAAUAAGUAGAGAAAUUUGGGUAGAUAAUAAAUUUUCUGAUAUCCCCCCUCCCCCACUCCCCUCCCAAGGAGAAUUUUAUAAGUUGACUGAAUGUCAAGUCAGAAUCUAUCUAAACAGGAAUUAUACUGAAAUUCACAUCACAGCACUGGUCCCAAAUUUGGACAAAUUGUGUGCAUAUAAUUCUUAUUUAGUAAUCACUGUAUAUUAGAUAAGGAUAAAAAUAUUUUUAUGAAUUAUUUCUAAGGAAAUUAACUUUCAAAGCCUUGUAUUUAAAUUACAAUUAAUAGGAACAUUACAUCUUUUCUAUUUCACCUCAGAGUCACAGAGCAUCUGGCUUUGCAAGUCUGAUAUGUAACAUUUUAAGAGAGUGUACUUUGAAAAUGUCUGAAAGUUCAAGUAUAAGAAAAUACGUUAAAAACAGAAUAAGGAAAGAGCCUCACUUUUCCUUUUAGUGCCCAUUCCUGUUUUCUAGGACUUCACUUCUAGAGCUUCUAACCUUCAUCUGAGGAAUCCUAGACAGUAUCCAGCCACUGGUGUUUCAGAUGACCUCUGGGAUCUCUGGUUGUGCAGCCAGUUCUUUAUGAUACUCUUACCUUCUGUAGCUUGAGUCAUGAGUUGUUAAUGUGGCAGUAAUUGUCCACUUAAAUUUAAUGGUUAGAGAUGUAUUUGAAGUGCAUUAAAAAUUAUCAUGGUUCUGAAUAUCUUAGAUAUUUAACAGCAGAAAUACAAAGCUUUAACAGUAGAGGGAGCUUGGCAUUUCUGUAGCUUGAUUUCUUAAAUAUACUGGGACCCAAUUUGGAUUAAAUUUGGCAGAGUGAUGCAGUAAAUAGCAAGGCUUUAAAGUAAAUUAAUAGUUACAAGUAGUUACAAAGUAGGUUGGCUAUUACCAAGGUGAAUUUAGCUGUGUCAACUAAUAGCUUUUAUAUAGUAUGUAACAAAUCUGAGCUAUAUUAUGCUAUGAAUUAUUCAAUGCAUAUGAGAAAUUAUAGUGUAAACAAUGUUAAUCAUCUUCUUGGGCUUCCUAAGUCAGUGUGAUUGUCCUUUGUUUUCUUUCCCUAACUGGUCUGCUGAUACUAGUUUCUGGUUUAUUGUCAUUAUUCUGUUAGCUCACUAUCAUUAGUUCAUUAACUUAAAAGUUAGAUUAAUUAUCAAAGUAAGAAUAGCAGUUCUAACUAUGAGUUCAUUAAAUGCAAUUUAACAUUAGAAUUAAAGGUAAUUGAGUAGUUAUUUGCAGUGUUUUAUUAUAACACUUAUAUGUAUACAAUUCUUCUAAGGUUUUAAAAAUUACCUUUGGUACAGCCCUUAGAAAUUAAGAAAUUUCCAUGGAUUUACUACAUUUCAGUGUUUUUUCUAAUUUAUAAUGGUUUUUUUCUUUCCAAAAUAUACAGAUUUAAUUUGGAGUAUGUACUUUGAUUGUUCAUGAGUGCUUUUGAAAAAAAAAUCAGUCUGGACAACUUAAGUUUGUGAUGUGUCAAGCAGUAUUUUAAAAAUAUAAAUUUACACAUGUAAAGUGUGGUUACAGUAAACCAAAUUAUAUUUAAGACUCAAUUUACUGCCCAUUUUGAAUAAUAAGACAUUCCCAUAUCACUCUUAUAUUGUCAAAUAACUUUUCUGUCUGACUGCACUUUUCACCAUGGACAGGAGCUGGAAAAAUGAUUUAUUUUUAUAAAGCUGUAUGUUCAGAAUGACUUCAGACCUGCAUAGUAUAAUGGAAAGAGCACUGAUUAGUUUACCCUUUUGGGAUUCAGAGCUCCUCACAAAUACAGUGAGGGGACGAAACAAGGGGAAACUCUAACAACAUUCCUUUGGAUGCUGUUCUGGGCUCACGGGGUGCUUUGACAUUACUUUAUCCCACCUGAUUCUCAUGGUAGAAGUUGAGGGAUAUUAAUCUAAGAGCACCAACAUUGUUUCUUCUGUGCUCCUGGGCUGCUCCUCUUGUUUUACAGAGGGUCACUGGUUUGCUGGUUGGUGGCAGAGCUGACACCAUACCCCUUCCUUGUCUGACUGCUAGUCAGAGGCACUUUACUUGUAUCAUGAAAUGAUUUUAAAUCAUUGUAAAACAGCAAAAUCUGAUGACUGCCAGCUUUCCUUGUUUUGGUAACAAAAGACUCCAAAUAUUCUGGAGAAACUGGGUAUAAUUAUGUUGAAGGUAUAGAUUAGGAUCUGAAGGCAUUAAAUUGUAGAAAAUUGUACACUUUUGUGACAACAUUAAUGAAAACAAAAUCAGUGUAAAGGUAAUUUAAUUUACCAUAUAUGUAUCAGUUUCUUGAUGCUUCCAAAUGAAAGAUAAUUAAAAGGAGCUUGGAUCCAGUUUUGCUAAAUGUCAGCAUCUAAAUAUGGUUUUGUGGACAUACUUUUCUGUUUACAUAGAUUUAUCCACUUAAAAUAAUGAGGGGAGGUAAGCAAGGUUUGAUUAAAUAACCUUUUCUCUGCAGUGAUCUUUUUACUGUCUUAUGUUCUUGAUUAUCUUAAUUUUCCUCAACAUUCCACUGCACCUUGGGUGUUCAUUUUAAACAGGGAAGGCUUGCUACAUUAUAAAGAUUGUUGGCACCAUUUAUUUCACACAAAGGCUAAAGGUUAACUUUUGGAAAAGAUGAACUCCUUUAUGUGUUUACCUGUGCUUUGUGGUAUUUCUGGAUCAUUCCAGUCAUAAACUUAUUACAUGUAAUAUUUCUUGCUACCUGUGAAAAUAUAUUUUAAAGAAUGUAUAACCCACACUCCAUUUACUUUAUAUUAGUAAGUAGAAGAUCUGUAUCUAACUCAUGAAUGUAGUUUUACUGUAGUUUGUCAUUGUAAAUGGAACAAAAUUAUGGUUAUUCUAAAAUGUAUAUUAUGUAAGAAUUGUAAAUAUUACACUUGAUUAAAUACUUUGUAUUCGAAAAAUUAUGAUAAGUCAAUAAAUCUCAUCUCUGAGAUA